GACUGUGGGACCCGGCGGGGGUAGGUCCCCGGGUACGUCGCUCUGGGACCCGUCGCGGAGAAGUGACCCGGGACGGCGGGGGCAGGGGGGAUCCGGAUCGGGUCCCCGGGCGGACCCCGCACGCACUGAGGCCCCCGCAUGGUCCUUGUCCCCGGCAGUCCCGACAGCGGAUCUGGGCGGCAGGCAGGUGUCCAGAGAGAAUUGGUUGAGAGGGAAAGUCUUCCACUGAGUUCCGAAAUUGGAGUCGGGCCAUGGCGGGGAGGGGACGUGGUGACCCCAGCACGGGACCGAUCCGGGCCGUGUGCCAGGGAGGAGGGGGCCCGGGCCGCGUAUUCCAAAGCGCUGUUGUUGGUCGUCGUUGGUAAGGUUCCUGGGGAAGUCUAACCUAACGCCAUCGGCCAUCGGCCAUCGGGAGUGUAGCGAACUGCCCUCAGAGGAUGGAUUGGAGCACUUUGCAGACUAUUCUGGGGGGUGUCAAUAAACACUCCACCAGCAUUGGGAAGAUCUGGCUCACCGUCCUCUUCAUUUUUCGCAUCAUGAUCCUGGUUGUGGCUGCAAAGGAAGUGUGGGGAGAUGAGCAGGCGGACUUCAUCUGCAACACUCUGCAGCCUGGGUGCAAAAAUGUGUGCUACGACCACUACUUCCCCAUCUCCCACAUCCGUCUCUGGGCCCUGCAGCUCAUCUUUGUGUCCACACCAGCUCUCCUGGUGGCCAUGCAUGUGGCCUACCACAGGCAUGAGAAGAAAAGGAAGUUCAUUAAGGGAGAGAUAAAGAGUGAAUAUAAAGACAUCGAAGAGAUCAAAAACCAGAAGGUCCGAAUUGAAGGGUCACUGUGGUGGACCUAUACCAGCAGCAUCUUCUUCCGGGUCAUCUUUGAAGCUGUCUUCAUGUAUGUCUUCUACAUCAUGUACGACGGGUUCUCCAUGCAGCGUCUGGUGAAAUGUAAUGCCUGGCCUUGUCCCAAUACUGUGGACUGCUUUGUUUCCAGGCCCACAGAAAAGACUGUCUUCACAGUGUUCAUGAUUGCAGUGUCUGGAAUUUGCAUACUGCUGAAUGUCACUGAAUUGUGUUAUUUGCUAAUCAGAUAUUGUUCUGGAAAGUCAAAAAAACCAGUUUAAAACAUAACAACUAUUAGAUAAAAAAUAGACAGCAGGAAAAGAAUGAGGCAAUCAGUGCUUAGUUGUCAAGGCCGAGUCACCAGCAUUUUCCAAGGUCAAGAUUUUUAUCUUAAAUGCAUCCGUUUGAAACUUCUGUAGCUCUCAUGCAAAACUCCAAAUGCACUCUUCUCUCCUAAACUUAAAAAACAAAGACUUGAUCCUAUGCCUAUAUUGAUUUUUACUCAAAUUAGUUCCAAUGAAACCCUGUGCUGGUAGGGGUUUUUCGUGCAAGGUAAUUUCGUAUUUUGAAGAAAGAAUAUUGGCAUUUGUUUCUAUUUCUUUGAGGAGAGGAGAGAAACACCAGGUCCUAAAGAGAAUGCUGAGAAGAGUGGGUUGCUCCUCUUAUGGUUCCUUUUGUGAUUUUCCCAUUAGUUAAAGGUAAACAUAGAUAACCUUGGUUCUUUUAUUCACUUUGGAAGUUCUAGUCUCUAACGAUGGACAAGGUUACCUAAUGCUUUAAACUGUCUUACUUUUUUUUAAGUGAACAUUUGAAAAUACAUUCUUUUGAUCUAUAGGACAUUCUGAAAACCAUUAUACGUUCCUCCUAUUUCAAAGGCUCUGAUAAUGAUAUGUAAAUGGUAUGUAAUUAGAUACUAUCAUUGCAUUUAAAAUGUGGCCUCUCAGUUAUGAAUAAUUUGCAGGGUCACUGUAUUAACUGUGGUAUGUAAUCCACAAAAGCAUUACGACCUCUCUCACAUGAAAUAAACUAGAAGUUCUUAGUGAUGGUUUGACAGCCAAUGGCCUCAUUUUACAACUUUAGGUGUAAUUUUGGAGGAGAAAUAUAGACAAUGUAUCACCAACUGCCACCAACUACAGGCUGGCUCAAGACACCCUGUCUAUCCUUUCAACAUUUGCCUUUUCCAUGACUGGUAAAUGGUGGGAACACUGAUUUAAAACAGUUUCUUGGAACUAUUUUGUUGCCACAGUACAAAACAAAAUAGGGGCGGGGGGGGGAGGUUCUAUUUUUAAA